CGGUGGCGCAGAUUUUGCGACGUCAGAUCGCGAGAAAGACCGACACCAAGAUGCCGACCGUAGGAGUGAAGCGCGAUGAGUUGUUCGCAGCCAUCGGCCAGACGUUCACAGACGAAGAGUUCGAUCAUCUUUGCUUUGAGUUUGGCAUCGAGUUGGACGACGUCACGAGCGAACGCCAAAUCAAGCAGAAGGAACAGGGAGUGAAUGCCGCGAUUGGCGCCGACGACACAAUCAUUUACAAGAUUGAUGUGCCGGCUAACCGAUACGACUUGCUGUGCGUCGAAGGGAUUGCGCGUGCGUUGCGCGUGUUCAUGAAGAAAGAACUGCCACCCGUGUUCCAAGUUGUCCCUGCCAAGAACCACGAAGUUCACCGACUCACGGUCAAGCAUGGCAACGGAUUGGAGACUAUCCGUCCGUACGCCGUGUCGUGCGUGUUGCGUGGGGUCACGUUCACGCAAGCGCGCUACGACAGCUUCAUUGAUUUGCAGGACAAGUUGCACCAGAACAUUUGCCGUCGUCGCACACUGGUCGCCAUCGGCACGCACGACUUAGACACGAUCGAAGGGCCAUUCACGUACGAAGCGCAAGCCCCGUCGGACAUUUCGUUUGUUCCGCUUAGCCAGAGUCGCGUGUUCAACGCAAAGGAACUCUUGGACCACUACCGCACUAGUCCCGACUCGAAGCACCUCAAGCCGUACACGGAUAUCAUCUACGACUUCCCAGCGUACCCUGUCAUUUACGACAAGAACCGCACUGUGCUAUCCCUGCCCCCCAUCAUCAACUCGGAGCACUCGAAGAUCAAAUUGUCGACGCGCAACGUCUUCAUUGAAUGCACGGCGACGGACAUCACGAAAGCCAACAUUGUCCUGAACACUGUCAUCGCGAUGUUCUCACAGUACUGCGACGCCCCGUUCACGGUCGAGCCCGUGGAAGUCAUGUACGAGCGGGAUGGCCACCGCGAAGUCACGCCGGACUUGUCCAAUCGCCAAGUUGUGACCAAGGUCGACGACAUCCACUCCAUGUUGUUUGGCAAGCGCCCCGUCAUCGACCUCGAUGUGCAGCGCAUUUGCGACUUGUGCGUCAAGAUGCAGUUGUGUGCAACGUACCUUCCCGACGUUCACUCGAUCGAAGUCCAAGUGCCGCCGACGCGGUCCGACAUUCUGCAUGCAGUCGACGUCAUGGAAGACGUUGGCAUCGCGUACGGCUUUGACAACAUCCCUGUCACGUUCCCGCCCACCCUCACGGUCGGGGGUGGCCAGCCGCUCAACAAGUUGGGCGACCACCUGCGCGACGAAAUUUCCCGUGCGGGGUACAUUGAGCUCCUCACGCACGGCCUGUGCUCGCACGACGAAAAUUUCAAGUUCCUCAACCGCCACGAUAACUCCACGUCGGCGGUCGUGCUGUCGAACCCUGCCACGAUCGAAUUCGAGGUUGUCCGCACGACCAUGAUCCCUGGCGUGCUCAAGACUGUGCAAAACAACAAGGGCAUGAGCUUCAAGGACGGCCUCAAGCUGUUUGAAAUCUCGGACGUCGUUGUCCUCAACCCCGCGAGCGACGUUGGCGCGUCCAACAUCCGCCGCCUCUGUGCGCUGUACACGGGCCAAACGGACGGCUUCGAAGUCAUCCACGGGCUAGUCGACCGCGUCAUGCAGCUCAUUGGCGUCCAGUGCGUGCUCGACCCGGAACACGCCACCGAGAACUAUUACUCCAUUAUCCCGUCGUCCAACCCGACGUUCUUUGAAGGCCGGUGCGCCGACAUUGUGUGGCACCGAGAUGGCGGCAAGAUCAAGCUCGGGACGUUUGGCGUGCUGCAUCCCGAAGUGCUCAACAACUACGAGUUGCUGUACCCUGCAUCCGUCGUCGAGAUGGACAUUGAGCCGCUAGUCUAAGCCUGGGAGACACGAGUAGGACGAGUAGCACCACCAUAAUGGCAACGUCCUUGCCAUGGGGA